AAAAAUCAAAUUAAAACUAAAUUUCUGGACAAAAAUUAUUUUCGCAACACCCAGUAUUGAUAGAUAAAAGUGAGUCAUUAUUUCUGGCAAUGGUUGAUUGAAUUUAGGUUUUUCUGUGGUCUACUGGGGGUAGACUGCGCUCAAGUUACUAAGAUUGGCAACACCUUGCUGUUAGCUUACACAAUUCGGGGAUGUUUGGAUUAGAUAAAACCAGGAUAAAAUUCUGACAUCUUCUGUUCAGACCUGUAUGUUUUUCUGUGUGAACUCAUAUUAAUAAAGAAUUGUUAUCUGCAACCUGAAGAUAUGAGUACAUUUUUGUGAUGUGUUUGAUGGGGGAAAAAAUGGCAUCUGCAUGGCUGGUUUUGUAAAACUGUUACUCUGGCACUUGUUUCUUGUUUGAUUUCACUUUAAUAUCAAAGCUAUAUCAAGUCAAAAUGGCUUUGCAAACAGACAACAACAUUCACGUGAUAAUGUCAAUAUUUGUACAAGAUUAAAUGAGCCAUGUGCUCAAUUUAAAUCAGUUAACCUGCAGGUUUGGGCAAUUCUCUUUCAAACAUUUGAUUCCGGCAAUGUUAUGUCAUUUACUUUGAUAUUAUAUCUUUAAAAUUUAAGGACUUAAUGGGUCACUUUUACGAGCUGUAAUUUAUUCCUCUGUUUGUGUAACACAGGAUGCCAGCAGUGGGUUUACUGGCUGAGAAUCCCCCUUGUAACCCGCAUGUAACAUGCAGAGAAUUUCUCUGUCGGAGCGAGAGGAGCUGAUCGAAUCCCUGGAUGCAGAGGCCAUCUACGACUACCUGAUCCAGCAUGGAGUCCUGCACCAAGUGGAGAAGGAGAAGAUCGAGAACGGCAAGAACAAGGCGCAGCGGAACACGGCCCUGUUACAGCUGGUGGAGGGAACGGGAAGCUCCGCGGUGGCACUGUUUAUCAACGCCCUGCGACAGUCCGGCCAGCUCUCCCUCGCUAGCUCCCUAGAUGAGAAUUCUAGGAUCAAACCCAUCUAUGGCUCCGGGUACCUUGGCAAGGACAGAUACAAAGGACAAGUGACCAUCAAUGUUGAGGUGGACAGAAUCUUUGGGGUGUUUCCCAGCUGGGAGGAAGGGGAUGACCUGGACGAGAAGACAGGGGAUACCCCAGAGAAGGAGAGGAGGAAGAGAGAGGGGAUAGCUCCAGUCCUCACUCCUCGCAGGGCCCACAAGUCAUAUGAGAACAUGACAAUGAUUGGGGAGGAGUGGUCCUCAGGAGGAAGGAGGAUAAAGGAGUACGCUUACGAUGAAAGUGACGAGGAAAUGUCCUCUUGCUGGUGCUUCUGUCGAAGGUCCAAAACCAAAAAGAAACCUCCGGCCAAGCGUAAGCUGAAGUACGAAGUAAAGAAUGUGAUAACAAGGUCCCCUUCUCCUGUUAAACCACUCAAAGGGAACGAACUCUUGAAGAAUCUGCGUCAUGAGGGUCCAACCAUCAUAAGGUCAAGCAGUAGAACUAGUUUCAUUUCGUACACUUUAUCCACAGAGGCCAUUAAUGUGUUAAAGGACAGCCAUGUUUUCAACAAGAUUGGAAGUUUAGAAAGCAUGCAGAACAGGAAGAAUUCCAUCAACUGUAAUGGUGAUAGGUUGGAUCAGUGUGAUACUAAUGAUAAGGAAAAUCUGGGCAACCACACAGAGAAUAAUCUAAACAAUGAUCAAAGGAAAAAGAGAGAAAACUUAAAUUUGUCACUACAGACAGAGAAACCUGUGGAGCAUUGCCUUAUGUGGAGGCAUCGAGGGCCAACGUUCAAGAAGUUGGUGGAGAGGUUCUACAAAUCCCUAACUAGUGCGAUGAACAUGUCCAUCAUCAAGUACUUUGAACAGGAGCGGGGAACUCUUGUCCUACGUGUGGACAUGGAAAACUCCCUGAUGGUGUGCAAUAUAUGUAUGACUCCUAAACAAGUGACUGAUGUCUGCGUCAACCUAGAGGACGGUAGUCUGCUGAGAGUGUUUGAAUCUAUUCUGGUCACCAACGACAUUCUGGAGGAUUUGGCGGUGCGCCAGAUCAAGCUUCGAGUGGUGAUUGACAGCGAUGAACUUGCCCUUGCUAAGCAAGAGUUGGCUUGAUUGGUCCAUAUUGCUGUACAUAUCUUCUCUAAUGUUCGUUUUAGAUGGAUAGGUUUUGAAGAGAGGAGAGUUUUAUGUCUGCAUUUUGUUAUACAUGUGUAGUGUAUUGUGGAUUAAGAUGUAUAUGUAUAGUAUAAAUAUUCAACAAGUCACUCUUUUCAAUAAGGAUUUUUCAAUGAUACUUUAUUUUUUGUUACUGCGAUUUUGUUUUUUUAAUAUUUUCCCAACUCAGUGUUUACUUACUAACGUACUGGUGAAUUUAUUAGCCUUUUAUCAAAAACUUCAGCUAGUCUUGCACACAUUUUUAGAUGUGCUGUUUACGAUAAACACAUUAGUCACGGACGAAGCAUUGCUUUAUGCAUCAUGCAUAUAACACUUCUUUUGUUCUUAUUGUCUAGGGAACAGUUUUUUCUUUCUUUCUUUUUUUUUACUUAUUAUAGAAUAUUAGACAUAUCUUUUAAUGAAGUGGUUGCUCAUUGACAUAUUUUGAGGUCUAUAGAUAUGAUGGGACUUGGUGAUUGAGUUUAUUCAUUGCUUUUUUCAGCAGUGGUGUUGUUCAAAUAUGUUAUCACUUUAUUUUGUUAUGACCAUACUCAAAUGUUGUUUGUUUCAGCCUUAAUACUCGUGAGGGUUUUAAUAUCACAAGUUUCUCUCCAUAUUUUCUUAAAAUGCAAUCUAUGUAGAAACUACAACAUGUGGUUUAAACAUUUGACAGUUAGUUUGAUUAAGUUCCCAUAGAGCAUACUGUAUAUAUUGAAAUAAAAAUUUUCAUGAAAAUAAUGGAGAUAUUGUCCAACUAGCACCUGAUCCUUUCCCUGCUUUCACCAAUUAAACAUAUUCCUCCUGCUUCUCUGAAAAUUCAUGUUGAAUUAUUUUUUUAAUAUUGAAGAUGUACUAUUUUUUUCAUGUAUAGAUAAUACUAUUCAGAUGAUUUCAAAAUACAUGUGUAGACUAUUUUGAGAAAAAAAAGAAUUUUUGGUUCAGAGUUGAUUUCAAGUGACCAAUGCCAUUAUCUCUGCUGAAAUGUCUUCUAAAGACAUCAUACAAUUUAUUUUUUUUUUCAAUAUUAUAAGCUUUUAUAUACUUUUGGGCAUUUCUGACUAUUGGUCAGUACUAAGAUUGUAUUUUUUAAGAAAUAGACCACACUAUUUGAUUGCAUCUGUAAUUUGCUAUAAGAAAAGUGCCAUAACUCUUCCAAUUCAUUUUGCUAUUAGUGUUCAGUGGUAGUAUAUGGGCGAUAAUUGAGUGUACUUGGGAUUCAGUAUCAUCACUUUGUCUACGCAUCAUAAUUCUUUGUCUUCCAUAUUAUAAGAGUCCAUUCCAGCUUCAAGUUGAUGCAAAGUCACAUGCAUAUAAAAUUUUGCCUGUUAACAGUCUGCUCACACUUAUAUUGUGUAUUAACAUGUUGUGAUUUUCGCUGAUUAAAAGUGGCAUAUACAGAUUAGAUCGUGAUCCAGAUGUACAUUAUUUUAAUUUUUUUUUAUGUAAGAAUCCAUUUGAUUACCUCUGUGUUUUAGUCUACAUGCCCUAAUUUUAUUGAAUUAUGUCCCUUUACAACAUCCCCCCUUUCCUCCCAUGGCCUGGUGCUUUUUUCCCUGUUUAAUUUUGUGAUGUUUUAUAAACAGCAUGAUUGUGUGAUUUUAUUAGAUAUAGCAUUUUUUUUAAGAAGCAGACUUAAUAUGUGUACAUAAGUAAAUGCCUAAUAAUAUAUUUUGAAAUAAAUAAGUUGAAAACAA